UUAGAUGGCGCGGUCGUCGGGAGUUUUGACGUCACUUACCAAAAUUUCAACACACUUUGCUUGUGCGUUCGUUUGGUUGGUUUGGGUGUGCAACUGUCUGAGAGAAGUCCCGUGCAAGUUUACUUCGAAAUAUGGCUGGAUAUAGUGAAGAUCAACUUGCUGACUUUCAAGAAGCAUUUCAACUUUUUGACCAAAAGGGGGAUGGUUGUGUCCAAGUAUCUCAAAUUGGUGACAUCUUACGUGCUUUGGGGCAAAACCCAACAGAGUCAGAUGUAAAGAAAUUGACCCACAACCACCGUCCAGAGGCACGUGUUAAUUUUGAGGUGUUCUUGCCAAUCCUUCAAGCCAUCUCCAAAAAUCGUUCAGCAGAUACAGCAGAAGAUUUUAUUGAAGGCUUGAGGCAUUUUGAUAAGGAUGGCAAUGGUUAUAUUUCAUCUGCAGAACUCAGGCAUCUUCUUACAACAUUGGGUGAGAAAUUGGCUGAUGAUGAAGUUGGGGAACUUUUGAAUGGUCAUGAAGAUUCGCAAGGCAACGUCAACUACGAAGAGUUCGUUCGUGCCGUAAUGAGCGGUUAGAUCGGAGAUUAUACGACUUAUUUCAUAUUUUCAUAUUACCCCAGUCCUCAAUUUAAUAAAUUCACCCAAUUUCUGGUAAAAUAAAAAAUCCAAAAGAUAUAAAACGAACAAAAACAUUCUCCUUUUGGUAUACUUACGUUCUGUUACAAUAACAUUAAUUAUCCUUACUUUCCUCUUCGCAUCUGUUUUUAGACCUUGUCUGUCUGGUGUGUAUUGCAGUGCCUUUUUCAUCAUAAUAUUACCGCACAUUCCACAAUACACUUUGCGCUUCCUGAA